CUGUAGCUAGCCUAUAAAAACUAGGACGAGCAGAGCUGAAACCUCACAGCUACAGACAGUGGACAGCUCCUUGGUGCUGAAACUAACCGCCUGCAAACACACUCAGCGGCUGCAACACCACACACAUGCCAGGAAACAUGCCUGGAAUCAUGGAGGGACACUCUUGGCAACUUUUCCUACUUUCUUUCUUAGUUUUGGAGGGGUCGACGCAAGAUUUCGGACAGACCCAGUUUAUUUGCACGUCUGUGCCCAAGGAUAUGGACUUGUGCGCGGCUACGAUGCAGAACACCGGUCCGGCGGAGGACUUGAAGACGACGGUGAUGCAGUUGAGGGAGACCGUGUUACAGCAAAAAGAGACCAUUAUGAACCAAAAGGAGACAAUCAGGGAACUAACGUCCAAGUUGAGCCGGUGUGAGAGCCAGAGUCUGCCCGAGGCCGGAGCGGGAGGCCGGAGAAUAGUACCGGGCGCUAAGAACACUAUGGGGGAUGUUUCAAGGGGUCCUCAGGACACUCUCGCUCAACUAGGACAGACUUUACAGACCCUCAAACAGAGGUUGGAGAAUCUUGAGGUAGGCAUUGGGGUUUGUUUGACAUCCCUAUUUUGAACUAGCAAUAUGGAAUGCAGGUUGAGCUUUCAAUCAACUUUUAAUCAUUUUUACGCGUUUCCAAUCGGCUCGGUUGGUUCUAUAGUUGUGAAUUGCUUGCUAUAGGGUUAUUUUAGUCCAGUCACUAAUGCUAUAGACCUAUUUAAAGCUAUUUUUCCGCAUCCAACCGGAAAGUAAUUACUCUAGAGCACUAAAUGAAGCCGCACCACACUCUUGAUAAGGACAGACAGACGCCUCAUCUUUGGACCAAUUUAGGCACUUGAUGCAAAUUGCCGAGGCAGUAAGUCCUCCACAAACGAGCUAAGCACCAGAGCUUUACCCACGACGAGCCCCGCCUCGCACAUGUAGGAUUGUUUAUUUAAACCCAAAGUUAUUUUAAUCGUCCCAUCUUGUCUGUUCCUCUGUCCUUGUUCCGUUAUACAGCAAUACAGCCGAAACAACGGUACGGCCCAGGCGAAUAGUCUGAAAGACCUGCUUCAGAACAAGAUUGAUGAUAUGGAGAAGCAGGUGCUGUCCCGGGUCAACACCCUGGAGGAGACCAAACCGGGUCAGAAGAACGAUACGGACCAGCGGAAUCGAGUGGAGUCCACGCUGACUUCCAUGCAUCACCGGAUAACGGACCUAGAGAAAGGUGAGUGAGCUAUGGGGCAAAGAGAUCAUGCCCAAAUAUACACAGUCAAUAUAAUUGUUCUGUUCAUGUGAAUGCUUAUAAACGACUAAACUGAUUACAUUAUUUUGAUAAUAAUUUGCGCAUUUAGUUUUAAUAGUAAAAAAAAUAAGGGCACCAGAAUCAUCCAAAUGUGGUGGAAUUGGCUCGUUCAAUGGUUUAUAUUUCUAAAAUAAUGCCAAUUUCUAAAAACAACCCUGCAUUUCACUUGGUUAAUUGCCUGGCCCACAUGAGCUUGUCAAUACAGACAGUGCCGCAGCGCAGCUAUCACCACUGUGGUGUGCGGGUUUGUGUAAGGGGAGAUGGGAGAUGAGAGGGGGAGGUAGCUGCAUUGCUUUGCAUAUCUCAUAUUAACACAGUGAUGCCACACUGGGAUAAUAAUUCACGUGUCAGGGAGCGACAGCCAAUGACGCUUUAUUUCCAGUGACUGUGAACGAGAGUCGUUGGUUUUGUAGGGGACAUAGCGGCGCAGGAACUUUACAACAGGUUUUUAACGAUGUGCGCAGUGCUGGAUAUAGAGCGCACAGUGUUGGAGACAAACAGGCGCAUUUUGGAACAUCGAUCAAUGUUUAGUUCAACUCCUUACUGGGAAGAAUGAGGGGGUUGGAGGUGAGGACGGGAUGAGAGAGAGAGAGAGAGAGAGAGAGAGAGAGAGAGAGAGAGAGAGAGAGAGAGAGAGAGAGAGAGAGAGAGAGAGAGAGAGAGAGAGAGAGAGAGAGAGAGAGAGAGAGAGAGAGAGAGAGAGAGAGAGAGAGUGAGUGAGUGAGAGACAAAGCUAUUCCUUGUUUGCCCUGCUCACGUGGUCACAUCAUACCGCAGAGAAUAGGCUAGGAGAGAGAUGCACAGUCUGUUCCAAGCCAAUGAUAUAGAACAGAGCAUCGUCAAACUAAAGAGAAAGGAGAAAACCUUUAGUUGGGGAUCGAAAAUCUCAACUGGUGGAGCAAACCAUGCAUACGAUUAAACCAAUCAAUCAAUCACAUGAUAUGACAUAACUGACUAUAACAUAGGCCUAUGAGUGCAAUGUAGAUUAUAUAAAUCACUGAAAGGUAAACAAGUAGGCAUAUGUUUCGUCCGCAGGUGGGAAAGACAACAGACCACUGGACAAGUUCCAGCUGACAUUCCCGUUGAGAACCAACUACAUGUACGCCAAAGCCAAAAGAACCCUGCCGGAGAUGUACGCCUUCACCGUGUGUCUGUGGAUUAAAUCGAAUGCGUCGCCUGGGGUGGGCACACCUUUCUCCUACGCUGUCCCGGGGCAGGCCAACGAGCUGGUGCUGAUUGAGUGGGGAAAUAACCCGAUGGAGAUACUCAUCAAUGAUAAGGUAAUGAUCGCUGAUGGCAAUGGCAUAUUCUACACCGCAUGUGGCUAUAGGCAAAAUGGACAGAUCGCCCUGCGUAAAUGUGGUGUGCCAGACUAGCAAAUUAAGCUACGCCGCUACUACACAGCAUUAUGCAAUGUAUGGGAAAGUUAUGGAGACGUUACAAGCAACUUAAUUAUAAAAAAUAUUGCAUUUACAGACAGUGCUAUGUCUGAAAACAUUAAAAACCAUAGCAAUCAUUAGUUCUAGGGCAGGCCUAUUUGAACAUACAGUAAUGGGUGCGCUGUCCAUGCUGCAGGUGGCCAAGUUGCCGUUCAUCAUCAACGACGGGAAGUGGCAUCACAUCUGCAUCACUUGGACCACGCGCGACGGGAUGUGGGAGGCGUUUCAGAACGGAGUGCUGCGGGGCAGCGGAGAGAAUCUGGCGCCAUACCAUCCCAUCAAGCCGCAGGGGGUCCUCGUAUUGGGACAAGAGCAGGUAAGAGGGUUCACUAAAUGAGGAUGAACUAACUUUAGAUUAAAUUGGUAUGCAAAUCGUGAUAUAUUCUUGAGAUAAAUGGCUUGGGGAAAAUAAUUAUAUCCAUUAGUAAUGAAAAUAUUAGAGCACGUUUUCUCUCCAAUGAUCAUUAAUGUGAUGGGAAAGUUGAGAGACCUUGGACGAAAUUGUCAAUUAAGACGUAGCCAUCUAAUUAAGGCCCUCGAGCUAGAUAUCGUGGAAUACCCCAACUCAAUUGUGACAAUGCACAAUCUACUUCAGAUAGAAAAGUGGGAAAUCAUUAGCAAUUACAGAGUUAUAGGCAUUACAGAGUAAUAGGCAUGUCGUGAAAAGCAAAUAAUGGCGCAUGGCCAGCCGUGUGUAAAUGGUUAAAUUUGGGCUUUGGUUGUGGUGGAACUGUCACUGAGAGUGGUUGCUUUUUAUUAUAGUUUUAUGAUAAUUAGAAAUCAGUGCAUUUCCAUGGUAUAGGCCAACUGUGUUCCAACCCCAAUUGUAUUCCUUCCUAAUACAGUACAGGAUGAUUAGCCUAUUACACACAUUUGUAAUAGUACCGACAUUUCGCGCCACUAACCUUGAACUUGUCAUCUUGUUGCUCCACAGGACACGCUGGGGGGAGGUUUUGAUGCCACACAAGCAUAUGUAGGUGAGCUAGCAAAUCUCAACAUGUGGGAUAGGAAGCUUUCCAUCGGGGAGAUUUAUAACCUGGCAACCUGCAACAGCAAAGCGCAAACUGGCAACGUAUUCUCUUGGUCAGAGUCCAACAUUGAAAUAUUCGGUGGAGCUACCAAGUGGACAUUCGAGCCGUGCCGUUCGCUCAACUGAACUGCAUUUCGACAUGAAACCAAGGCCAAUCCGACAUAUCUGUAUUUGUUUUGAGCUUCUGUCGUUCUUGUCUUCAUUAUGACGUUCGUUACAGACGAUUUGGUAUUUAUUUAAUGAUAAGCUUAAACCUGGGAUUUCUAUUAGAUAUUUAUGUGCGAAACAACUUUUUUUGAUCUUGAGAAAAAUCUCAUUCGUCUUGGAAACCUCAGUUGGACAGUGUUGGUAUCUGUUUGUUUGUUUUUCUUUUGGAGUUUUGUUGCAAGCGCACUUUAGCUUUUUUGAUUCGCUUAUUUUGUCUUGGACCUGCAGCUGGGCAAUCCACGCCUUAUGUUGGACAAUUCACAGCACAGUGUGGAAUUUAUGGAGCCAUCCUCUAAAGUGGAACUCACGCUGUCCGUCCAAGUCUUGUCAGUAUUUGACGCCAUUAAAUGAUACAGCUCCCUCCAAAUCCCUCAACCUCACCCACCCCUCCGGAUCUUGCACUGUGAAUGAAUAGAGCCAUGUAGAGAGAGGACGCCGAGGAUUCGUUGAAGGACACUGCAAAGUCGGACUGUAAAAAUCAUUUGUAAUUCUCGUUCGCUUCAAAGUGUUUCCUGUAGACCCUGUAAACGAAUGUCAUUAAUUGCCAACAUGCUACAAAGCCUGGGUGCCUUGGGCUGGUGCAAAUAUUGAGCACAUACGUUUUAUGUUGCAAAUUAUAUGUAUUGUUUGUUUUAUAUUUAUUUUGGGGGAGGGUGGGAGUGUUUCUUGUUAUUAUUCUGAUAAAUGUAAUUUAAUUGAGGUUUGUUAACGGAUAUGAUGACGUGUUUGGGCAGGUGUUUGUAUCUGUAUUCGGAAUGUUACAGUGUCUGUAUAGUGACAGCAUGACUGAGUGACAGAAUGCUGCCACAUCCUCUUCGACAUCAAUCUGCUUGACUAUCCUUUCUGGGGACUGGGUGGUUUUCUACUGGAUUGUUAUAUGCUCCAAGCAUGGCAACACAGAAAGAUGUGAAAAAUAUCUACUUUUUGUAAUAAAAUUGUGAUACAUAAGAGUUAAAA